GUGCAGUCCGGGAUAUACACGCGUACCUUACAAGCUCGUGUACCGCGCAAGAUUAUAUAGGUCUGACGAUUAAAUCAGACAGUUUUGCGUGCGGGGCCGCGUGGCUGUCGUACAAGCCGGCUCGAGACUUUCUUGAAAACGACGUGUGGGGUGUAAUAUCAUCCGUCGCGCAGAGCGCCCAGGCGUUCCAAAUAGACAAAUCUUUUGUCAUAGAGUUGUGUAUAGUGGAAGUACCGCGGGGUACAGGGCGUGUGUAAUUAGCGCACGAGUUUAUAAAAAAACACUCUAUACUUGCCAUAAUAAACACCGAUAAUCUCUGUCUACCUAGAUCGCUCGCUGUGGCGAUGGUAUACGCUGAACGCGGGGAAGUACGCUCUGGGGAACUGCAUGAGAGAUGGAACGCUGUACGGCGUCAACAGGGCAAAUUUCAAAAACAAUUAGCUCUGGAGCUUGUGACAAACGCCUGUGUAGAAAUACCGCCCGAUGGUUGUGGUAUUCGGGAAAUUGAUAAAUUUCAAAGACACCUUGCUCCGGAUGGUAUAGCCAUUGUUGUUUACGAGUUCGACAGUGUAGGCAGCGGUGAGAAACCGCUGUACGACGGAUCGCAGAUAGUCGAUAGCGCGUACGGUUCAGGGAAACCACGGCAAACUCUCCGCAUCCUGUAUUAUAAUAAUUCGCAGCAUUAUCAGCCUAUUUUAAAUAUGCGGGGUGCGGUCGGUAGUCGGGGUUUUUACAUACCAUGUAACAGAUCUUACACGCACGAGGCACAACAUAAGUGCUCCAACAAAUGC